GCUAUCACGUGCAAGAGGAAGAAAAACAAACAGCUGUAAAAAGAGAAAGAAAGUGGCAGAGAGGCGGCGGUCCGGCGAAGAUAGCGAACUUUGGAGUAGCGUGGCGUGCUUUGUCAUGUCCGGACGUCGUGAAAACAUCUUUUAGCUGGGGGCUGAAGUCAUGGAGGACGCCAAGAUGUGGAAGCGACACGUCGUCCGUCAGCUGAGGCGCCGAGACCAGCAGCAGCAGCACAUGUUCCGCGACCUCAUCGGCUUCUACUCUCGACUUGUGGAGAAAACCAGUCUGACCAACUUGAUCCUCCGCUGCUCCGUUCGAGUUCCUGACAGAAGCAAGUCGCCCUCAAGUCCUCUACUGGAGAUGACACAUCUGGAGAAGACCACUGGAGAGUUAGCUUAUCAAGUGGUGGAACUACAGAAGCAGAUGAAAAUCAAAGAGAACAUUUUGGAGGAUCAGCGGGAGAGGCUGCUGCAGGAGGAGCGUCGGCUGAAGGACACGCUUGACGUCCGCUAUCAGCUGCGGACACGGGUGGAGCGGGUCGAAGAGGACAACCGACUUUUGAAGAAGAAGUACGACGGCCUGAUGGAGCAACAGAGGUGGGCGGAGUCACAACUUCGGGAGGAGAAGGUGCGAGGAAGUCGCCUGCUGGAGGACAUGAUCCACCCCAAACAGCAGGCCGCCGCCCGCAUGAACACCCGCAAUGAGAGGCGCUCCAGCUCCUUCAGCCUUGCCAACCUGAGGCGUUUGCCCUUCAAAGAGAGCUCGCCAGAAAAAAGUCACGGUCGCCUUUCGAGGUCAGCUUCGGAAUCUUCGCCGAGCAUUCUGACCACCAUCAAAGAGCUCUUUGAGAAGAGGCGGGGCCAAAGUCUCUGUGGUUUGGAGGAGGACCUGCUGUGUCCUGUCAGAGUUUCUAUGUCAGCCAGAGUUCCGGUCCGCGCCCUUCAGGUCCUGGACGCACAUGAACAGGGAGUCAACGCGGCCACUUUCUGCUCCAGCUCCGCCCUGCUGGCCAGCGGAGGAACUGACAGGAUGGUCAAACUGUGGCACGUCAGAGCAGGUGCCCUAAGACACAGGGCCAGCCUGGACGGUAGCACGGAGGGCAUCACCUGUGUCGAGUUUGACCCGACGGGUCGCAGGAUUUUGGCGGGGUCGUACGACAAGUCUGCUUUGAUGUGGCGUUUGGAUGACCCCGUUCCCAAGCUGACUCUGACAGGUCACAAGAGGAAGGUGACCGCUGCAAGGUUCAGUCUUCAUCAGGUGGUCACAGGAAGUGCAGACGGGACCAUCAGACUGUGGGACCCCCACAGAGCCGCCUGUGUUCGGCUGGUGGACGUGCCGUCUUUCUGCAGCGACGUCGUCUGCUCCGACAACCUCAUCAUCAGCGGACAUUUUGACCACAAGAUCCGAUUCUGGGACGCCAGGCUGGCCAGCUGCGUUCACGAGCUAGAAGCUCAGGGCAAAGUCACGUCAUUGGACCUCAGCGCCGACCGCCGUCAGCUGCUCAGCUGUUGUCGUGACGACGGCCUCCAACUGCUGGACGUGCGCAGGUGUAGCGGCCAGAGCGCCGCCUUCAGGGCCGAGGGCUUCAAGUGUGGCAGUGACAGCACCAAGGCGGCCAUCAGCCCAGACGCUGGCUUUGUGGCGGCUGGAUCAGCAGAUGGCGCCGUCUACGUGUGGAACGUCUUCAGUGGCAACUUGGAAACACGCCUCGCUGACAAACACAGCGCGGCCAUCAGCGCCAUCUGCUGGUCACUGUCCGGCGAGUAUGUGGCCAGCGUUGACAAGAGGGGGCGGGCGGUCCUCUGGAGUGACAUCUGAUGUCGCCAUAGCAACUGUGGAACAAAAGGACGUUUUUAGAUCUCGGGUCAAGACAAAAUCUUCCUGUGGAUUACAAUACAUCAAAGAAACCAACACCUACAUGCGGCUUCCCAACCUACACAGUGGAGUUUCACAAGCCUUCUGAUUGGUAAGAUCAAAGACAGCUUUUGUCCGCUCGCCGGGAACUCAUUGAAACAAAGUUUUGUGAUAACUUAGAUACAAUUAUUCUGACAAUGCUAGCAUGCAUCAAGUACCAAAAUAUGACUGACGUGUAUACCUAGAAAAUGAGCUAAAAAUGCCAGCAUGGUCACGUUAACAAGCUAAAAUGUGUCAUUCGUCAAGUAGCAAAAUAUUCGACGCUGAGGUGUACAUCUGUUAAAUAAGCUAAAAUGCUAACAGCAACAUACGUCAAGUACCAAAAUAUAUUACUCCGAGGUGUGUACCUGGAAAAAAGUGUAUAAAAUGCUAGACCGGGCUUUCUGCUCCGCCGCUCCCAGUUUGUGGAACGCUCUCCCUG